AUGGCGAAACUCAAGGCACAUGAAGAACUCUCCACUAAUGCGAAUACUAUCAAAGCUCGCAACUGCGUCUCCAACCUUACUGAAGAUGAGAAGGCUGUUCACUUAGCACUCAAGGCUGACCAUGCUGAUCUGAGCUACUACUUAAAGAAGUUAUAUAAGUCUGCAAAGUACAAGACACGUCUACAGAAUGAAUUGAAGGUUGAGCGUAUUUGUGUUCGGACUGAGAAGGGUACCCAUGCAUCUUGCAUUGCGAAUCAGAAAGUCAAGAAUAUUAGCGCCUCUUCUUCUCCACAAGCCCCACCAUCUACUCCGCCCAAACAACUUCUGUCUGAGCUUGCUGCAUUUGAGGCGCGAGAUAUUUUAAAUGACGAGGCUGUUCUACCAGAUGAGCUUUCCGAUGAAGAGAUCACUAGCACCCAGGCUCUCUUAACUCAAGCGCACAUUGAUGCCCAUGAAGAGUCCAAUUUCCGCAAGUGGCAACAUUUCUGGGAUAGCUGUAUCCACUCAUAUACGAGAAAGGCUGGAAAGCUGAGAAAGAAGCCUGAGCGUCUCUUUGAGUAUAUGCCAUGGAUUGAUGUAGAGGAAGGCUUCAAAGAGGCGUUCUUACUUGUCUACUCUAAGAAGUUUGAUAAGGAAAAGUGGGCUAAGGUAUCAGCUGCACAGGAUAUGUUGUUCCUGGAGCUAGAGUAG